UAAGCUGAACCUAUUGAAUGUCAAGCAAACCAAUUUGAUUGGCUUCGGCAAAAAGCCAAUUGCUUUGGGGAUCAAAUCAUACCACAAAAAAAUAUACAAAGCACAAAAAAAUGGAAUAAACAAAAGCAGCACAGCAGCAACACUCUAAACAAAUUUGGCAAUUGAAAGAGGAUAUGGAAAUAAAUCAAAGUGAAUUCAAUACAGCAAACAACAUACCUAUAGCUAAGCAAGGAAGCAUACGAAAUGGCGGUGAUGACAGAAAAUGCCAUGGCAAUAUAAACACCAUAAAGGAAGACUAUCAAUGUAGUUUGACAUAAGCCAAAAAAGCCAAAAAGGAAGUGAUAUCUGCUUAUAAAAUUAGAAAAAAAAGCAAACAGCACGUGCUUUAAAAAAUCAUCCAAGCAACGCUAAUAUAAGCCAAAGAAUCUGUAAUAAAGCAUUUGCCUCGGAUCUAAUCUUCGAUUCAGUGAUAGAAAUCAAAUAGAGCAUCUCUCCCUCACUCCCUUCCCCAGCAAGGAAACGUCAAUAAUUAAAUGUUGUAGAAAGAAGGCAGACCUUUAAAGUGAUUACAUACCUCGGCCAUUAUGUUUCCGCUGACAUUGGAGAAUAUGGUCAGCGCCAUGCCCACCCAUACAAUGUUGUCAACAGACCAUGAUAUCAUAGAUAACAAUCUGGCCAGGGCCUCAGCCAUUGCGCUCACAACCACCACAACAACAACCAGCACAACUAUUACCCCCAGGACCAUAGCCUUUCAAAUGGACAAUGUGACACGCAUUGCCUUGCAAGGCAAUGAUGGACUGGCAAAUGAUACAGGCAUAGGCUAUGUGCCAUCGAUACAACGUCCCGAGACCAUUUUUGUGACCAUACUUUUUACGCUCAUCUUCAUUGUAGGUGUCUUGGGCAAUGGCACCUUAGUGAUAAUAUUCUUUCGUCAUCGUUCCAUGCGCAACAUUCCUAAUACUUAUAUACUCUCUUUGGCCCUUGCUGAUCUCCUAGUCAUAAUUGUGUGCGUCCCCUUGGCCAUGCUGGUCUAUACCCAAGAUAGUUGGACAUUUGGCAAGAGCAUGUGUCAAAUAACAGAAUUCUUCAAAGAUGUCUCUAUCGGAGUGUCUGUGUUUACGCUGACCGCUUUGUCUGGGGAGCGGUAUUGUGCCAUAGUCAACCCCUUGCGUAAACUGCAGACCAAGCCUCUGACGGUGAUUACAGCCUCCAUGAUAUGGCUGUUGAGCAUCAUAUUGGCCACUCCCUCGCUGAUAAUGUCCAAUUUGCAGUACAUCGAAAUUAACAGCGAACAAAAUUUCACAAUUAUCGUAUGCUCACCAUUUGGUGAAGUGCGUCCCAAUUUGGAUACUUACUCAAGAUAUGUGGUGGUGACAAAGGCCUUUGUCUACUACAUCCUACCGCUGUUUAUAAUUGGAGUUUUGUAUCUGAUGAUGGCGCAGCGUUUGCAUGUCAGCGCCCGUGAUAUGCCGGGUGAGACGUUGAGUAUGCAGAGCCGUUCGCAAGUGCGUGCACGGCGCUAUGUGGCUCGCAUGGUGGUGGCAUUCGUUGUGGUGUUCUUUGUUUGUUUCUUUCCCUAUCACUUGUUCGAAUUGUGGUUCCAUUUGAAUCCUACGUCCAAGGAUGACUUCGAUGAUUUCUGGCAUGCCAUACGCAUCACUGGCUUUUGCACAUACUUUCUCAAUUCCUGUGUCAAUCCGGUGGCCUUGUACUGUGUCUCCGGUGCCUUUCGCGCUCAUUUCAACCAAUACCUGUGCUGUUGGUGUGUCAAGAGGCAGACACGUAUACGACAACAUUCCACCGCCACCGGCAUGAUGGACACCAGCAUAGUUAAUAUGUCGAUGCGCUCCACCAACAACUAUAAUCGAGCUUCGGUGCAUUUGAAUAAUGCCAACUCAUGCACGGCUGGCAAUGGGACAAAUGGCAGUGCUGGCCGCCUACCGAGUGGUUAUCGUCGCCAGUCAUCGAUGCAAUUACAGCAUGGCCAUCAUCAUCAUCAGCAGCAGCAGCAACAGCAGCUGCAGAAAAAAGACGAAGGACGUACCGCAUCCUCGCCGGCCAUGGUGCAAAGUGGAGUUGUAUUGAGUCAAGACAAAAGGUGAGGCACCAUGACUGUGGUCUUACAGACCGAUACCGAGCUCUAAAAUGUUUCAAACACACUCACACACACACGCAAAAACACACACAAAUUGUCAACAAUGUCCUAUAACAAGCCCAGAUGAAGGCCAAGCUAUUUAUAAACAGCGGGCACCACACGAACACUAAGUGUUGCGGUGUAUGUCUUUUGUACAAAAUAAAAAUAGCACACAAACAACUGAAAAUGAAAGUCAUGAAAAUAAAAAUUAAAGAAACGCAACAAAGAUUACCCAUUGUGAAUGGUGCUGUACGUCCAUGGAGGAGAUCACCACAUCCCCCCCUAACAGCAGACAGUAUUAAAUGUAAAUGUAUUUGUAACUUUUCUUUUGUUGUGUUGGAACAAUUUUUAGUAAUUCCAUGUAACAAACAAUUGUACAAUAAAUGAAGCCAACUCAACUUUCCCCUGUCACACUGACCAUACAGCGGAGCGGAGGCUGACCAGCUUCAGGUGUAAAUAAUGACAAUGAUGUCCUUUUCAUGUCUUGUCGUUUUCUUUUUUUUUCUAAAUAGGUUUUUGUCUAUUUCUCUGUUCUGUUCUUUCUAUGUCUCAAACACUUUGUUGUAAAAAGUUGUUUUGUUAUAGCCAAAAAAAAAAGAGAGAAAAUUUAAAGAAUGUAAAAAAAAACACACACAUUUAUAUGUAUGUACUUUAGUCCUAAGCAAAAAAGAAAAAGAUUCCAGAUGUAAUGAGCAAGAAAACAAGUAUAAAGUGAAAAAAAACCAAAAAAAAAAACAUUUUCAAGAUAUUUCUUAGUUUAAACUUUGUCUUGUAUUCUCAUAUUCCGUGUGCAAUAAAAAAAACAAA